AUGGAAGAAUAUGUUGUUAAUGAUAAUGCGCUAUAUGAAUUUGUUGUACCUGAUAAUACAUUAUACAAUAAUAUUCAGGGCGAUUUUGCUAUUAAUAGUAUCCUAUAUAAUGACCAAAGUAAACUUGAUAUUAUUAGAGAUUUUUUAAAUGACAGUGAUCAAGAUAAGCAUGAAGGCGGAAAUAUAAUAAAUUAUGAAAGUGCUAAAUAUGAAA